UUAUAUAGCGCCAACAGUUUGCUCAGAGCUUUAACUGUAUACUGUAUAUAUACAUACACACCUGGCCAUAGAUAUAUAAAAUCAAGCCCCUAGACAUGCAGACUGCUUCUACAAACAUUGGUGAAAGAAUGGGUCGCUCUCAGGAGCUCAGUGACUCCAAGCGUGGUCCCGUGAUAGCGUGGUCCCGUGAUAGGUUGUCACCUGUGCAAUAAGUCCAUCCGUGACAUUUCCUGGCUACUAAAUAUUCCACGCUCAACUGUUAGUGGGAUUAUACCAAAGUGGAAGCAACUGGGAACAACAGCAACUCAGCCACCAAGUGGUUGGCCACGUCACAUGAAAGAGCGGGGUCAGCGCAUGCUGAAGUGCACAGUGCGCAGAAGUCACCAACUGUCUGCAGAGUCAAUAGCUAAAGAACUCCAAACUUUGUGUGGCCUUCAGAUUAGCACAACAACAGUGCGUAGAGAGCUUCAUGGAAUGGGUUUCCAUGGCCGAGCAGCUGCAUCCAAGCCUUACAUCACCAAGUGCAAUGCAAGGCGUUGGAUGCAGUGGUGUAAAGCAUGCCGCCACUGGACUCUAGAGCAGUGGAGACAUGUUCUCUGGAGUGACCAAUCACGUUUCUCUGUCUGCCAAUUUGACGAACGUGUCUGGGUUUGGCAGUUACCAGGAGAACGGUACUUGCCUGACUACAGUCUGCCAAGUGUAAAG